GCCGCCGCCGCCCGGCGUUCGGUGCGGCCCAGCCCGGCCCCGCCAUGUCGUGCGUCCAUUACAAGUUCUCCUCCAAGCUGAACUAUGACACCGUCACCUUCGACGGCCUCCACAUCUCCCUGUGCGACCUCAAGCGCCAGAUCAUGGCCCGGGAGAAGCUGAAGGCGGCGGACUGCGAUCUGCAGAUCACCAACGCCCAGACCAAAGAAGAAUACACAGAUGAUAAUGCUCUGAUUCCCAAGAAUUCAUCUGUAAUUGUUAGAAGAAUCCCUAUUGGUGGAGUAAAAGCUACAAGCAAAACAUAUGUUAUAAGUCGAACUGAACCAGUGAGUGGAACAUCAAAAGCAAUUGAUGACUCUUCUGCAUCUAUUUCUCUGGCCCAGCUUACGAAGACUGCCAAUCUGGCUGAAGCCAAUGCUUCCGAAGAAGAUAAAAUAAAAGCUAUGAUGUCACAGUCUGGCCAUGAAUAUGAUCCGAUCAAUUACAUGAAGAAACCGUUGGGUCCACCUCCACCAUCAUACACUUGCUUUCGUUGUGGAAAACCUGGUCACUAUAUAAAGAACUGCCCAACAAAUGGGGACAAAAAUUUUGAGUCAGUACCCAGGAUUAAAAAGAGCACUGGAAUUCCCAGGAGUUUCAUGAUGGAGGUGAAAGAUCCCAAUACAAAGGGUGCUAUGCUGACAAACACUGGAAAAUAUGCUAUACCAACUAUUGAUGCGGAAGCUUAUGCUAUAGGAAAGAAGGAAAAGCCUCCUUUCUUGCCAGAAGAGCCAUCCUCCUCCUCAGAAGAGGAUGAUCCUAUUCCAGAUGAGUUGUUAUGUCUGAUUUGUAAAGAUAUAAUGACAGAUGCAGUUGUUAUUCCCUGCUGUGGAAACAGUUACUGUGAUGAAUGUAUCAGAACGGCAUUAUUGGAAUCUGAGGAACAUACCUGCCCAACAUGUCAUCAAACAGAUGUGUCUCCAGAUGCUUUGAUCGCCAACAAGUUCUUACGCCAGGCUGUGAACAACUUCAAAAAUGAAACUGGCUACACAAAAAGGCUCCGUAAGAUUCAGCAGCAACAGCAGCAGCCACCACCGCCACCUCCGCCUCCACCACCGCUAAUGAGACAAACCAUAACACGCAACCUGCAGCCCCUAAUGAGGCCAGCAAUUUCCAGGCAGCAGGAUCCACUGAUGAUUCCAUUAGCUUCUCUGUCUUCUCACUCUGCUGCUGCCUUGGCCCCUGGUCAGUCUGUUGCAGCUGCACUACCAGUAAAUCCAUCUUCUGUCCUCGUCUCUGAUCUGCCUCCAGCAGUGUCUCUGUCUCUCCGCGGUGAAAAGCCAGAUGGACCUUUUCGUGAUCCAGAUAUUAUACCUCCUGCUGCUCUGGUGACAGCUGCUGAGCUUUCUAAAUCUUCCUCUUUGGCAAUCAGCAGUUUGUUGGAAGAGAAGGGCUAUCAGGUUCCUGUACUAAGGCAACCAGCAAUACCUAGUCUUCUGGGCCCACAAGGACAAUCAAUUCCCACAACUGGUCAUCCAAUGAGAAUUGGUGCAAUUCGCUCAGCUGGUGGCAGGCCAGGUUGGGAACUAAGUUCAAAUCGAGGACGCCCGCAUAGUGAACGUUCCCAAAGGACUCAGGCCCCAACACUACCAGCAUCAGCACCAGUCUUUGUGCCUGUGCCUCCACCUCCCUUGUAUCCUCCACCUCCCCAUGCACUUCCUCUUCCACCGGGGGUACCGCCACCACAGUUUCCUCCUCAGUUUCCACCUGGUCAGCCUCCAUCAGCUGGGUACCCUGUUCCCCCUCCAGGAUAUCCCCCAGCUCCUGCAAACAUGUCAUCAGCUUGGGUACCAACAGCAGUACCAACGGCUCAUUCAAAUACCAUCCCAACGACACAAGCACCUCCUUUAUCUAGGGAGGAGUUUUACAGAGAACAACGGAGACUUAAAGAGGAGGAAAAGAAAAAGUCCAAACUUGAUGAGUUUACAAAUGAUUUUGCUAAGGAAUUGAUGGAAUAUAAAAAGAUUCAAAAGGAGCGUAGGCGUUCGUUUUCCAGGUCCAAGUCUCCCUAUAGCGCUUCGUCCUACUCGAGAAGCUCCUACACCUACUCCAAGUCGCGGUCGGGCUCCUCGCGCUCCCGUUCCUACUCUCGGUCAUUCAGUCGUUCCCAUUCUCGUUCCUACUCACGUUCACCUCCAUACCCAAGAAGAGGCAAAGGGAAGAGUCGUAACUAUCGCUCUAGGUCAAGGUCACACGGUUAUCACCGUUCAAGGUCAAGGUCACCCCCGUACAGAAGAUACCAUUCACGGUCCAGGUCUCCAGUGUUUAGGGGCCAGUCUCCCACUAAGCGGACUAUACCUCAAGGGGAAGGAGAAAGGGAGUAUUUUAACAGAUACAGAGAAGUUCCACCAUACGAUAUGAAAGCUUACUAUGGCAGAUCUAUUGACUUUAGAGAUCCGUUUGAGAAGGAAAGAUACAGAGAAUGGGAACGGAACUACAGAGAAUGGUAUGAAAAGUUCUACAAGGACUAUGCUGUCGGAGCCCAACCUCGACCUCCAGUAAACAGAGAGAACUUUUCUCCAGAUAGAUUUGGUCCACCUGGAACCAGAAGAGAAAAUUCGCCAUACUCGCGGGGACGUAGGGAGGAUUAUGCUGGUGGGCAGAGCCAUAGAAAUCGUAACAUAGCCGGAAAUUUCCCUGAAAAGCUUUCAGGAAGAGAGGGCCAUGGUCUAAAAGAUCCUGCCAAAUCAAAAGAGAAGGAGGUGGAAAAUCCCCUGGGAGAUGGCAAAGGAAAUAAACAUAAAAAACACAGGAAGAGGAGAAAAGGGGAUGAGAACGAAGGAUUUCCCAAUGCUGAGUUGUUAGAAAGUACGAAAAAAACCAGGGAACCAGGCACAGCAGAGGACAUUAAGUCAGACUCGCUGUUCAUGCUCCCGAGUAGAGAUGAUGCCACCCCUGUGAGAGAUGAACCUAUGGAAGCAGAUUCCAUAGCUUUCAAACCAGUGUCUGAAAAAGAGAAAAAGGACAAGGAUAAGCCAAAAGCAAAAACUGAUAAGACAAAACGGAAAGCAGAAGUGGCUGCUCCCCCAAAGAAAGACAAUGUAACAAAACCAGCUAAAGCUUCCCAAGAGAAGGUGGACACCGAUCGUGAAAAAUCUCCUCGAAUGGAACCUCUUGUGAAAAAAGCAAAGGAGGAGCUGCCAAAGACAGACAGUGUUAAGGCAUCUUCCUCCCAAAAGGAUGAGAAGGCUCUCGGUACACCACGGAAAGUUCAUCCAAAAGUGGCAAAAGAUCACCCAGAAGCCAGGCCAGCCAAGGAAGAGAAGGCAAAGAAGGACCAUCCAAAAGAAUUAAAGUCAGAAAAGCCCUCCAGCAAAGAGGACAAGUCAAAAAAAGCAGUUGAAAAAAGCAAAUCUUCUGAUGCAAAAACUGAAAAAAGAAAAAGGAAAGCAGAUGAAAAGGCUGAUAAAGAACACGAGGCAGCUUCUGGAAAGGCCCCUAAACCAGAAACUGCUGAAUCAAAAACAUCGCCGAAAGGGAAGAGUGAACCUGAUGGUGAGAAAGGAGAGAGAACUCCAGAAAAAGAUAAAUCUGGUUUUCUUAUCACUCCUGCAAAAAAGAUUAAACUUAACCGAGAAACUGGCAAAAAGAUUGUGAGUGGAGAGAACGUGCCUCCUGUGAAAGAACCUGUUGAGAAAGUUGAGGCAAGCAGCAGCAAAGUUAAACAAGAAAAAGUGAAAGGAAAAGUGAGAAGAAAGGUAACAGCAGCUGAUGGAUCCAGUUCAACUCUUGUAGAUUAUACCAGCACCAGCUCUACUGGAGGAAGCCCUGUUAGAAAGCCUGAAGAAAAGACAGAUACAAAGCGGACUGUCAUUAAGACAAUGGAGGAAUAUAAUAAUGAUAUAACUGCUCCUGCUGAAGAUGUCAUUAUUAUGAUCCAGGUCCCUCAGUCAAAGUGGGAUAAAGAUGACUUUGAGUCUGAAGAGGAAGACGUUAAGUCUACCCAGCCAUCUUCAAACAUAGGAAAACCUGCUAGUGUUGUAAAAAAUGUGAGUGCUAAGCCACCAAAUCCCAUAAAACACAAUGAGAAAGAAAUGGAGUCUUUGGAGAAAAUACAGAAAGCUACAAAAGAGGUGAGUUAUGAAAGCUCUCAGCAUGAUGUAAAAGGUUCAAAAAGUUCAGUGUUGAAUGAAAAAGGGAAAACCAAAGAGCGGGAUCAUUCUCUGUCAGACAAGGACACUUCUGAAAAGAGGAAGAGCAGUGUUCAGCCAGAAAAAGACCACUCAGAACGUGCCACUGAACAAGGAAAUGGGAAAAAUAUUUCUCAAUCUUCCAAGGACAGCAGAUCUUCAGAGAAACACGAUGCUGGCCGUGGAUCCGCUGCUAAGGAUUUUACUCCUAAUCGAGACAAAAAGUCUGACCAUGAUGGCAGCAGGGAGCAUUCUAGUUCCAAGCGCAGAGAUGAGAAAAGUGAAUUAGCGAGGAGAAAAGACUCUCCUUCACGAAACAGAGAAUCUACAUCAGGACAGAAAAGUAAACCAAGGGAUGAACGAGCAGAGCCCUCCAAAAAGGGGGCCGGAGAUUCCAAAAGAAGCAGCUACAGCCCUUCACGUGACAGAAAGCAGUCAGAUCACAAAACUGCUCAUGAUUCCAAGCGUUCAUUAGAGGAACACAAACCUCUAGAUAAAAAUUCAGAAAAGGAGAGGGAAAAGGAGAAGGAGGACAAAGACAAAUACAUAGCUGAGAUAAAGAGCAAUAAAGAGAAAGAGCCAAGUUGCAAUAAGCCAUCUUCAGUACAAGAAUCACCAGAUGCAAAAGAUGAGAAAGAAAAUGGGACUGGACAAAAUGAUAAGACUGGUGUCAAGAGUAAGCCUCAGGUAAGCAACCCCUCACGGCUCUCUGCUGAUCCAACUCGAGAAACUGAUGAGGCUGCUUUUGUACCAGACUACAACGAAAGUGACAGUGAAAGUAACGUGUCUGCAAAAGAUGAGGAAACUGUAGGAAAAAAUUCUAAAGAACAGAAGGAAAAAGCUGUUGACAAGGUCAAACAGGAGACAGCAGCUCCUGCCAUGGUUAGCCAGCCUGAAGCAAGCAGAAGUCAAAGCCAGAGCAGCCCCAGUGUGAGCCGCAGCCGUAGUCAAAGCCCUGCUGAGAGUCAGACUCGAAGCCACAGCAGCAGUGCCAGCUCAGGAGAGAGUCAAGACAGCAAGAAGAAGAAGAAGAAGAAAGAGAAAAAGAAGCACAAGAAGCACAAAAAACACAAGAAGCAUAAGAAACACGCUGAAAAUGAGCCGGAAUUGGAGAAAAGCCAAAAACACAAACACAAGAAGAAAAAAUCAAAGAAGAGCAAAGAUAAAGAGAAAGAUGACCAAAAAGUUAAAUCUGUCACCAUGUAGAAUGACAGAUAGGAAAAAAUUGACUUAAUUCCUAAGUCAUCUGUAUUAAAUUUUGUUAAAAUGUAAACGAAUUCAAACGUUGUAAAUAAUGACAUGAAAAGACCCUGUGCUGCACUUAAAAUAUUGCUGCUUGAUUAUUUGAUUUUUACAUCAGAGCUUUAUAAAAGUGAACAUUUUGUACAGAAUUGUGAGUUGUGACCAUGUAACAUGAAAGGUUUUGCUGGGGCGUCUUAUUUUUCACCACCGUUAAUUAGUUUGGGUGGAGUUUACUGUACUGUGAAAAUUUUCACAUUUGACUUCUUUUUUUUUUUUAAUUGCCUGGCAGAAGAAGCUGGUAUCAGUUAUAAAAUAUCAGCAGAAUGAUUUGCAGAAUACAUUACAGCCCUGUUAUGUCACUUUUUGAUUACAAUAAAAAGUUUUCAGUAAACUUUA